AUGAUGACGAGGUUCUGGAUGGCAGGCUGCAAUGUGGGGAGUCGGUUGCUGCCGGCGUUGCAUCGGAGGCUGUGCAGCUCCACAGGGGACGUGGGCUCCUCUAACGAUUCCCUGGCAGCCUCUGCGCACGACGGGAAACAAACGUUCGAACGACGCCCGAGUCGCAGACGAUACUCCGCCGAGAACACUGCAGGGCGGACAAAGUAUGUCCGUGGCCUCAUUGCCUCGCUCAAGUCCCGUCCCAAGACGGAGUCGGCUGCGAUGUUUGACAGUUUGCACCCUCGCGAUAAGCUCGAUAUAUUGCGCGGGCUUGCCCGUCGUUCUGCGCGACGCGCCGCGGGCCUGCCCACAUACCGGAGUCAUCUCUUUGAAAGACGCUACUUCUUCAGGGAAGAGGAUCUGUGCGAGCAGAGCACGCUUGGUCGUGGUCCCGGGGGUCAGGCAACUAACCGAAGAAUGCAGACGGCUAUCGUGAAGCAUGAACCAACCGGAAUUGUCGUAAAGUUUAGCAAAUUUCCUUCCUACUGGCUCAACCGGAGAGCGGCGCGGGAGCUCCUGAACCUGCGUCUGGAGGAGCGUCUUUUAGGUCCACAGUCGAGGCUGGCCCGUGGAAAACAGCGAGAUGAAAAGCGACACUUGCGCCAGCUUAGAGCAAAGGAGAGAAUGGUGGAAAAGGGCCGAAUUAGAUCCGCUAAGCUGUCGCAGCAGCAUGAGUUUCAUGCGGUUCUGACUAAUGCGUUGCCGUUCCCUCCGGCUGUGACGCUGCAAUUUGGCCCUGGUUACAUGGCCCACACGCUCUUUGUCUCAAACCUUUUUGAGGGUGAAUGCAAUCGGUGGUGGCCUUUGAUUGUCGCGGCGUUUGACCAUUUGAAUGGUGCUUGUUCACAGGAGAAGGGUCAAGUUGGCGAGGGCAGUGCCGAGACGGACAACGUGAAGACGCCGGAAUUGUUUCGUUACUUAUUUCCGGCCGUCCUCUUUUCCUCGCCGCCAACGCCUGUUGAAAAAUACGAGUGGGGCGAGGUGGAAAAGUGUGCCACUGACGAGGUCGCCUUGCGGAAUGUGAUGCGUGCGCUUCGUUGCUUUGUUGAGCUAUUUGGUCUGCACUUGCAGGAGAGACCGUUGCACAACGGCGACGGCCGCAACGCCCUCGUGCUUUCUAAGGACGGUCUAAACUGGGUUGAGCUCAAAGGACGCAUGGUGGCGUCCAGUGAUCGGAUGACGCCUCUAGCCCUCACCUGCUUUUCACAUGUGGUGCUGAGCCUGACACAACUGCGGCGUACGGGAGAGGCGAAGGCGAUCUUGGCUUUCUUUCGCCAUGAGGCAACGACGGGUUCGAAGUUCCAGUGGGCGGGGCAGGGCUACAAGAGAAUGCAUCGUGUGAGCAAGUGUCAACAUUUGCCUCAACAAGAGCAGAAGAGCAAGCAAACCAGAGUUUGUUGA